CGGUAGAGUCCUCAGUCUUUGCGAGCAGCCGUCAUGGCAGCCGAGGAGAAAGACCCUUUGAGCUAUUUCGCGGCUUACGGGAGCAGCAGCUCGGGCUCCUCGGGCGAGGAGGAUAACAGCGAGCCGGAGGAGACAAGUCGCAGGGUCUCGGAUCCGGGGAAGUCGGCAGGCAGCUGUGGGAACAAGGCGGAGAAGCGGCUGCCGGGACCCGAGGAGCUGUUCCGGAGCGUGACUCGCCCGGCUUUUCUCUACAACCCGCUCAACAAGCAGAUAGACUGGGAGAGGCACGUCGUCAAGGCGCCAGAGGAGCUUCUCCCCGAGACCCCUUCCCUUUGACGCCGAAGUGCCUGCGGUGCUGCCUCC